AUGUUGAUCACUAUUGUAUACUUUGUGAGCUACAGUCAAGUGUUCAGGAAUAGCGUCACUACGGUAGUCAAGUGAAAUGUCAAAAUUACAAGCGUGUCGACGUACAUAGUUGCGUAUCAGUUAACUGUCGAGUAAAUUUCGUUUCGUUAAACAUCCAAAGUGAACAUAUUCAUUUCAGACUCAUUUUAAGAGUGAUUCGGCAUUGUGCCGAUUAAAUAUGUAAUGGGUUAUUUUUGAUUAAAAGAAAAUAAGGAAAUAAUAAAAGAGAUUUCUUCUGCAACGAAUUUGGGCAUUGAUGCCCAGCUGAUGCAUUUUAACAUAUUUGACAGUUGAAAUUGCGUAAUUGUUGCUAGGAUUUUCUUAUGAGUCUUUUUACGCAAUUUAUCUAAAUUGCCGUAUAGAAUGGCGGAUUUGGAUGACUUAUUUCAUUUAGAUCAAUACGGAGGUCCAGAAUCUCUUGCAGAACUAUGUUUCCAAGUAAUCUGCAAAAAUUUAGAUAUUAUCUCGGUAAAGGAUAAAUGCGAAUAUCGGAAUCUUUUAAAAGGGGUAGUUUUCCCGAGUGAAAUAUGCGAUAAACUUAUUGAAUAUGUUUUACGAAAUGAUCCGAAUGAAGAUCAUGAUCGUUUCUUUACAAUUUUUAAAAAUGUAUGGAUAACCAAACUUAAACGCGUCAAAGUUGUAGGAUCUAAUAUAACUGAUGACUCAGUACAGAUCCUUGCAAAUCAUAAACUUUUGAGAUUAGAACUUACAGAUUGUCCUAAUUUAACAGAUCAGUCUAUUGAUUAUAUAAAUGCAAAUGCAGAAAAUUUGCAUACUUUAGUAUGUCGUGGUACUUCUGUAAUCAUUCCGGAAAAACUUACAGCAUAUCAAAAACAAGGAUAUGUAUUUAAAAUACCAAAUCUACGGACCUUGGCUUUAGAAUAUGUUCCAAUUUGUGCCUUGGAAUAUAACAUACUCUUGGCUGGAUUAACAAAUUUAACAAAUUUAGAUUUGUCCAAUAGUUUUGAUGUGGGCAUUUUUGAUUUUUUUCAUUUGAUUCCUAAUUUAGUAUCUUUAGUUUUAUACAAUGUUAAAAUUAUUUCUCAAGCUCAAACUUUUGUUAAUAAUAUUUGUCAUUUGAAAAAUUUAAG